CACAGGUGGUAGUGAUGACAAUCGACGAAGCCAUAAACUGACAGCCCAACUUCCUGGGCCAUUCUCAACAUGCAACUAGACACUUUGUAGUUAGGCUAUAGCAUUAUUCAGUCUCAACAGAUACUACGCAUACAAGAGGAAAACAAGGCAGCCUGACUUUAGAGAAUAAAUCAAUUCAGAAUUAAAAAUGGGAGGAUCGCUUGGCACACGAAGAAUAUCAACCACACACGAGGCUAAAGAGGAAGCCACUACCGAGAAAGUGACUAAAGAAGAGGCUGUUACUGAGGAGGCCGCUACUGAGGUGGCUGUUACUGAGGAGGCCGCUACUGAAGUUGCUGUUACUGAGGAGGCCACACGGGUACAUCAUACAAUAAAGGGCAUGGAGCUCAUGCUUCAACAAUUAGAGGUGGUUGAGAGAGCGGAGAGUGACAAACCAUACUUCAAACUAUGGGUGAAUUCGAAGGCAUUCCAGGCUGAUCAGUUGGCAUAUAUCGACACCAGUGAGCAACGAAUGCUGUACAAUCCUAUCACCAAUGAUGGCAGCUACAAGUCCAACUUGUCCAUUGUUAUGGUAAUGAAGAGGGAGCAGUCGGGCGUCUACACCCUCUCCAGUGUUGUACUGCCCAACAACAACCUCAUGCCCACCGGGACGAUUACUAGAACAAUUGAUUCCACUAUCUACGAUGCAAACUUCCAAAUGGGUGCUAGUACCAAAUUUACUUUCAUUCAUCAUCCAAACGACUCCAAAAAUUUUGCAAUCUACACUGAAAUUGACGACGACCCUAAACAAAGAGUGUAUCUCCUACCGGAAGUUGACAAGGAGCAAAUAGGUCAGAGACGAUACGUAAUUCGAGCUGUGCAGACAAAGGAUCAAGACCCGAAAGAAAAGUACCUAUUCAGUACUAGCAUUAGUAAGUUUCCCGGAAUCAAAGAUGAACAUGAUGUAGUGGGCGUUACUGAGGAGGCCGCUACUGAGGUGGCUGUUACUGAAGAGGCCGCUACUGAGGAGGCUGUUACUGAGGAGGUCACUACUGAGGUGGCUGCUACUGAGGAGGCCGCUACUGAGGUGGCUGUUACUGAGGAGACUGUUACUGAGGAGGCCGCUACUGAGGAGGCUGUUACUGAGGAGACUGUUACUGAGGUGGCUGUUACUGAGGAGACUGUUACUGAGGAGACUGUUACUGAGGAGGCCGCUACUGAGGAGGCUGUUACUGAGGAGGCCACUACUGAGGUGGCUGUUACUGAGGAGGCCGCUACUGAAGUUGCUGUUACUGAGGAGGCCACCACCGAGGAGGCCACUACUGAGGAGACUGUUACUGAGGAGGCCGCUACUGAGGUGGCUGUUACUGAGGAGGCCGCUACUGAGGUGGCUGUUACUGAGGAGGCCACUACUGAGGAGGCCACUACUGAGGAGACUGUUACUGAGGAGACUGUUACUGAGGAGACUGUUACUGAGGAGGCCACUACUGAGGAGGCCACUACUGAGGAGACUGUUACUGAGGAGGCCGCUACUGAGGUGGCUGUUACUGAGGAGGCCGCUACUGAGGUGGCUGUUACUGAGGAGGCCGCUACUGAGGUGGCUGUUACUGAGGAGGCCGCUACUGAGGUGGCUGUUACUGAGGAGGCAGCUACUGAGGAGACUGUUACUGAGGAGGCUACUACAGAUGACACUGAGGAGGCCAUAAAAGCAGCACCCACAAAAGUUAUCAUUUAUGUCGGCGGAUCGACAGGUUAUAUCACACUUAUGGAAUCAAAAGCUUUAACAGAGAGAGAGCUAGCUACUAUGCCUGACAACACGUUGUAUAUUGCGAAGUUUUCAAAUGUGAAGAAUCAGGCGGCAUAUCUCAACACUUCCAAGCGCACGUUGAGUUACAGAUUCCCUGAAAAUUCAGAUUAUUCAGUUUUUAUGAUGAUCAAUAAUGAUGGCAACGAAACUAACAACAAAUACUACUGGACAACCUUCGUCCAGCAAUCCCAAUACCUGUCUGUUACAAAACUCCGGCAGAGCAAUGAUAAAAAUCACCUCUCAUUCAUUCCAGGAAAAAAACCUAUUUGGGAAGUGAACGGUCAGAAAGGCAAACCUACUGCUCUGGCUUUCAAGCAAUUCUUUGAUGGUAAAACUUACUAUCUAAGCACAUUUGAGGACGACGAAAUGAAGGACGUAGUGGGCGUUACUGAAGGACCACUUUCUAAAGCUACAUACCCUAUCAGGAUUCACCAAGUGCUAAAUUACACCUCCGAUGAUCUACCAUUUGAGACUGUGGUGCCUCCAGAGUGUGGAAGUACGGACUGACAUGGCGGUAGCAUUAAAAUCAUUGAGUAGAGAAAGAAGUAAACAGUAUAAAUUAUACGAUAUUUGAAUUAGUGACUUAGUGACUUAGUUAUUUCAGAUUUUAUGCUUCUAGUUGCACGGUACAUGAUUUAUUUCUACAUACAAUGCAAUGAUUUAUGACAAAG